CAUGGCGUUCGGUGGAGAGGACGAUAUUGCAGUAGUGUUUAUUUUAUGUUCUUAAUCCAUGUAUACACGUACAUAUUUAUGCUUCGUAACAUAUUAAACCUCGUUAAUAAUUGUUUGUAUCCGGUUUUAUUAGUCUAAGCUCAUUUUGACGCGCCAUUUUAGCGUGCUAGCUGCUAACAAAGAGACGUGGAAGUUGUCAACACAUCUCUAAGCAGAGACAAAGUGUGAAAACGAUAACGAGAGUAAGAGGAGGAGCUUUCUCCAAUAAAAGAGGAGGUCGUCGACGUCAGCUACUGGACGCUAUUUGAAGAAGCAUCAAAUUGUUUUACACAGAGAGCAGACUCCUGAGCAACAGGAGUGGAGCUCCAGGAUGGAGCAGGAGCCCCCCUACAUUAAAAAGGAAGAGGAGGAAGAGCCACCGCCCUUCCACAUCAAACAGGAGCAGGAGGAGGAUUACAGCAUCAGUGAGGAGAGAGAUUAUCAUGAAGGACCGGAGGAGUUCCCAGUGAUUUGUGUCCCUGUGAAGAGCGAAGAUGAUGAAGACGGAGUUCAAAGUGAGAUGAGAGAGGCGGAGCUUCCAAGCAGCUCAUCUCAACACCUGACAAUACAAUCUGGCUGUGGAGGAUCACAAGCAGACAACCUAUUGGCUCCGCUAUCGGAUAGCGACGAUACAUCACACUCUCCUGACACUGAUGAUGACGACUCCAAAGCUAAUAAGACAUGUCACACCGACAACGCACACUUUAAAUGCUCUCAUUGUGACAAAACUUUCAAUGACCGCAGUAAUCUGAAAAGACACGUGAGAAAUCACACAGGAGAGAAACCUUUCAUGUGCUCAAUUUGCGGUAAGAGAUUCAAUCGAAAGGUACACUUAACAAUACACACAAGAACUCACACUGGGGAGAAACCUUACUCCUGUUCGGUGUGUGGUAUGUGUUUUGCACAACAACAAUAUUUAAAAAUACACAUGAGGAUACACACCGGAGAGAAACCAUUCUCUUGUUCAGUGUGCGGUAUAGGUUUUGCGCAAAAGCAAUAUUUGAAAAUUCACAUGAGAAUCCACACUGGGGAGAAACCUUUUUCCUGUUCGGUGUGCGGUAAAAGUUUUGUACAAAGUCAUGAUUUCAAAAUACACAUGAGAAGACACACUGGAGAGAAACCGUAUUCCUGUUCCAUUUGCAACAAAGGCUUUUGUGAAGGAACGGCUCUUGUAAGACACAUGAGAACACACACUGGUGAGAAAGUGUUGAGGUGCAGUGUGUGUGAUGAAAGAUUCUCUUAUAAAUACCAGGUUGAUAAUCACAAGUGUGCUGGAGAGAACAGCAGCACUAAAUGAAGCUGCGGGACAAGACUUUCAUACCUUACUUUUUAACAUCACAAAACAUAUGACAUAUAAUAUGUGGCAUCAUUAUUGUAUGUGUAACACAACAU